UGUAACUGGGUGGAGAGUAGAAGCAUGAAAGAAGAAGGUAGGUCAUAUUGUGGCCAUGCACUUCUCCUUCAUAGGUCUGCAGAUGAAAGAGGGGGCUGUGAUUCCACACUUUAUCUGCCCCACAAAGUGAAAAGAAGCAACUACAGGGUUUUUCACAAAGUUGUGCCAAUCAUGCGCAGCGCAUCUGGCAAUCAAAUGCACAGACGUGCCUGGGAGUGUUUACUUUCCACAAAGUGCAUUGACACCACAUGGAAUACAGCUGAUGCAGAAUGAUAGGUGCCAGUAUGAAUGUAUCCACUGUGGAAACCAAAUACAGGACCUUUUCAAGAAGUACAGUGCUACUGUACUGAAGCUGACAGAAUGUCAAAAUUGCAAGAACGUUGCUGACAAGUAUAUUGAAUAUGACCCUGUAAUUGUUAUGAUUGACCUGGUUCUGCUGAAUGAGCAAGCUUACCGACACAUCUUGUGGAAUACUGGCUUUGAGGGCCAUUGGAAGCUUGCAGCUGUGUUGCUUUUGGCUGAAACAUAUUGCGAAUGGGUGUCCAUGAAGAAACAAUAUUCUUCAUUAAGCAAUGGAGGCUAUAAAAGUACAGAACUUAUGUUUGAAGGAGAGAAAUACUUUUACAUCACUUGCUUGCAAGUCCUUUUUGGUCACAUGCUGCUUCUUGCUACAGUGUUAGCAGUAACAAAGCUGUAUUGGAUUGUGUUUCCAAAAAAAUAUCAAGACAAUUUUACACUUUUGAUCUUUUGGAAGGCAUUUGUUCUGUCAAAUUUUGGAAAAUUUCUUACAGUUGCAGAGUUAAUAUGGGAUGGCAAUGGAAAUGGAAUAACAAGUUCGUUUGUCACAAUCUACGUAUAUCUCUCACAGUUACACUCUUACUCAGUCAUUUCCAAGACCUCAAAAACAGUGGCUGGUUUUGUGGUACUACUUGGAUUUUUUACAAAAACAAUCAUAACAGAAUCAGAAACACUGCAUGUACAGCUUUACAAAUAUGCAAUGUAAAUCUGGGAAGGAUGUGAUUUCAAGGAGUUAAGAGAAAUAAAGGAUAGAUUGAUGGUGUUGAAUAA